AGUGACAGUCGAACCGAUAUUUUUUGUGAACUCUUGGUAUUUUACGCACUAUUGUCAGGCGUUGUAAAAGUAUUUGUUUUUGGACGCCAUGCGGCGGAGUAAGGCUGAAGUGGACCGUUACGUUUCCUCAGUACAGAGUUCCUCUCCCUCACUUAAAGAGAAGCCAGUCAAAGGGUUUUUAUUUGCUAAAUUAUACUUUGAAGCAAAGGAAUAUGAACUUGCAAAAAGGCAUGUGUCAGAGUAUCUCAAAGUCCAGGAGAGAGAUCCCAAAGCACACAAAUUCCUUGGACAGCUCUACGAGAGAGAGGGAGAAAUCAACAAGGCAGUAGGAUGUUACAAGCGGUCAGUGGACUUGAACCCAGCCCAGAGGGACCUGGUGCUGAAGGUGGCUGAGUUACUGGUCAGUAAGGAGGAAUGUGACAGCAGAGCAGAGUUUUGGGUGGAGAAAGCUGCCAAGCUGCUGCCAGGAAACCCUGCAGUUUUCAACCUGAAGGAGCGUUUGUUGAGUCGUCAGGGUCAGCAGGGUUGGAACCGGUUGUUUGACCUCCUCCAGGCCGAGCUGGCAGCGAGGCCAGCUGACGCUCAUGUGAACGUGAAGUUGGUUCAGCUGUUCUGUCAGGACGGACGCCUGGAUGAAGCUGUGAAGCAUUGCCUGGCUGCUGAGAAAAGGGGCGUGCUGAGCCACAGUCUGGAUUGGUACACAGUGGUGUUGCACACAUUGCAGGAGUAUCUAGCUCAGCCCAGCAUCUCCAGUAAUGAGAAGAUGUGUCGGCGUCUCCAGAGGGAACUGCUAUUGGCCCACUGCAGCCUGCUGAGAAUCACACUGUCGGAAAGCAAUAUGCAGCCCAGCCUCGAUGCCCUCAGAGGGUUUGAUGAAGCUAUGCAGACACUGAGUGGGGUUGCUGGCCGCCAUGCAGACGAUCUUUGUGACGUGUUUGUGGAGAUGAGAGGCCACCUCUACUUGCAUGCUGCCACACUGCUGUUGAAACUGGCUCAGGAUCGCCAACAGACCUGGAGGGCCGUCAUUGACCUGGCUGCACUGUGCUACUUGCUUGCAUACCAGGUCCCCAGACCAAAGGCUAAAGUGACCAAAAGAGACCAGUCGGCUCCACAGCUUCUGGAGCUGUUGGCCAAUGACCGACAGAGCCAGGCCGGCCACAUGUUGCUAAAUCUGAGCACUGAUUCUUCUACCCUGAUCAGAGAGGUGGUGGAGGCAUUUGGCAACCGUAGUGGUCAGGACUCUCUCUUUGAACUCCUGUUUGGACCACAGGGAUCCACUGGAUCAUCCUUCAUUGCCAAUGAUAACAUUCGUUCCGUUAACACCACAGCUCCAGAGCUCUCUCAACUGGCCAAGUGGGAUGCUGGCUCUAUCCUGCUGCAUCGUGGUGACUUGCAACAUCUAAGCUGGCUGGGGCUACAGUGGACCCUUCUGGGCCAAAGACCAGCCAUGCGGGACUGGUUACAGCAGCUCUUUCCAAGGCUUACUCUGGAAACUUCCAAGCUGGACACCAACGCACCAGAGUCCAUCUGCUUGCUGGAUCUGGAGGUGUUUUUAUAUGGUGUGGUGUUCUGUAGCCACUGUCAACUUCAGGAAACGGCAAAGAUCAGCAGCGGCGUGAACCAGCAGCAACAACAGCAGCUCUAUGAACCUCGUUGCCUCCCUCUUCCUCUCCUUCGGCUCUUGACCACUGAUAGACAGAGGGAGUGGUGGGAGGCCAUCUACAGCCUCAUUCACAAACAAGCAGCUCCUGGUAUGUCAGCCAAACUGCGGAUGAUUGUGCAGCAUGGACUGAGCACUCUGAGGGCUGGAGAGAAAAAUGGCCUUCAACCAGCGCUGGCCAUCCACUGGGCUCAGUGUCUCAGCCAGACGGGUGAUGGAGUGAACUCUUACUACGACCAGAAGGAGUACAUUGGCCGCAGUGUCCACUACUGGAAAGCUGUACUUCCACUGUUGGAAAGGAUCAAAAACAGACGCAGUAUACCAGAGCCGCUUGACCCGCUCUUCAUACACUUUCCCUCCAAAGAUAUUCAGAUGUCUUCUGUUAGGGGUUAUGAAGAGGAAGCCAAGAUAGCAUAUGCAGCUCUACUUGACAUUGAAGGCAAGACAGAGGAGGCCAUCGCUACCUUGGAAACCAUCAAUAACAUGUCAUCCAUCUGGCAUUUGGCACAGAUCUACCAACGGUUAUCUGAGGAGGCCAGCAAUGGGGUUGAGGAGACCCAAGACAGAUGCAUCACUUUUCUGAGAAAGUUCAGGACUUACUUGUCAAAGAUCUAUAAUGCUAAUGCAGAUGACAUUGAGAAGCUGCCUGUUUCCAUGGAGGAAGUUGUGGACCUUCUGAAUGAUGUGAACCAGCAGCUGGGGGAGACUGGGGAGGCCAUGGAUGAAGAAGAGGAGAAGGAGGAGCAGGGUCGAAGAGGACCAGCCCACUCCAGCCCUGCUCAUCCCACAGACACAUCUGCCACCAUAGCCCACAUCAAGUUUUCCACUCCCUCUCCUAACAAAAGCAUCGUCUCUCCUUCAAAAAGACACAUGAUUUCUCCCAAGACACCACCUCACUGGGUGGAGGACCAGAAAAGUCUCCUUCAGAUGCUUUGUCAGCAAGUUGAAGCCCUCAAGAACGAGGUCCAUGAUCUGAGACACAACUCUUCAGGGAACGCAGGUUCCCCUCAUCACAAAAUGUAUGGGGAGAGCUAUGGGGCUGAGGGCCUACAAGAGCCUUUUACCCCAGUCCAGUCCUACCAUGGGGCUCCUCUAACAGUUGCCACCACGGGCCCCUCUGUGUACUACAACCAGUCUCCAUCUUAUAAUUCUCAGUAUCUACUGCGCACAGCAGCAAAUGUGACCCCCACCAAGGGCCCAGUGUAUGGUAUGAAUCGUAUGCCACCUCAGCAGCAUAUGUAUGCCUACCAGCAGCCCACCCAUACACCACCAUUGCAGACAGCCCCAGCUUGCAUUUACCCUCCUCAAGAGCAGGUCUUUGGUGGCCCUCUUCGUUUUGAAUCACCAGCCACAAGCCUUCUUUCCCCUUACAGUGAGGAAUAUUAUGGCCAGAGUGUAACCCAACAAACGACUAACCCUCCCCUGCCUGAGCCUGGUUACUUUACCAAGCCAUCUGUAGUCCCCGUUCAGCCACCAAAAGGCAUCGAGGGUAAGCCUAUGGACUUUGGGAAGCUCUCCUUCAGCCAGCAGGCACCAGCUGAAGUACCCAAAGUGCCUAGUUUUGGAGCAGCAGCAGUUGCCCAGUCAACUCCAUCAGCUGCUUUUAAAUUCAACUCCAACUUUAAAUCCAACGAUGGAGACUUCACUUUUUCUGCUUCCCAGGCCAAGCACAGUGAAAGUCUACUUGGUCUUCUUACUUCAGACAUUCCCACUAAAACAGAUGCUGUUCCAGAGAAGCCUGCGACCCAGGAGCAACCCCCCAGUCAAACAGGCAUCUUCACCUUUGGCAAUAAAAAUGUUAGUGGCUUCUCCUUUGUUGAUUCCACACACAGCAAAAGCACUGGAGGUCUGUUUGGAAAGGUAGAGCAGCCAUUUAAAUUUGGGGAUGUUACCAAGCCAGUGUUUGGGGUUGCUAAGUCUGCUGCAGAAGAGGAAAGAGCUGCAGAGAGCGACAAUGACAGCACUCAUGUUGACGAGGAUGAGGAUGGUCCUCACUUUGAACCCAUUGUACCCCUUCCUGAUAAAGUAGAUGUGAAAACAGGUGAAGAAGAGGAGGAGGAAAUGUUUUGCAACAGGGCAAAGCUGUAUCGAUUUGACACAGAGACAAAAGAGUGGAAGGAGCGGGGAAUUGGCAAUGUUAAAAUCCUAAAACACAGUACUAAAGGGAAGGUCCGCCUCUUAAUGAGAAGGGAACAGGUCCUUAAGAUUUGUGCAAACCACUACAUCACUGCUGAUAUGCUACUAAAACCAAAUGCUGGCUCCGACAAAUCCUGGGUCUGGAAUGCCAUUGAUUAUGCGGAUGAAGAGCCUAAACCCGAACAACUGGCCAUCCGUUUCAAAACCGUAGAUGAGGCAUCACUUUUCAAAGCUAAGUUUGAGGAAGCCCAGAAAACUGUGCUCAAAUCCCCAGAGGAGCAGGAUCAACAGGAAAGGAAGGAGGAAACCCUAAAAGUUUCUGGAUCACUGGCAGCCCAGUUUGCACUGAAAGAAGGGGAAUGGGACUGCACUGUGUGCUGUGUAAGAAAUAAACCCACAGAUAUGCGAUGUGUUGCUUGUCAAAGUGGCAAUCCUAAUUCUUCAUCCAAACCAGACAUUCAGGGUGCUGGUGAAACCAAAGCCAGUCCCUUUACUUUCAAAUUUGGGACUGAUUCAUCAAAACCCAGUACUUCUGGCUCUACAUUUACUGGAUUUGGUGCUUUUGGAGCUUCAAUACCCUCCUCUUUUACAUUUGGCACCAGCACCUCAAAACCUGCUGACACAGUCACCAGUGCGUUUGGCUCUGGCUUUGGGGAUAAGUUUGGCAAGAAGCCAGGGCAGUGGGACUGUGACACAUGUUCUGCAAGAAAUGAGGCUUCUGCAGACAGCUGUGUUUCUUGUAAAGCCCUGAAAGCCUCACCUAAAACACCUGCUACAGCACAAACGGCACCAGCUGUAGAUGCAACUGCAGCACAGGCCUCUAUGUCUGCUGUUAACUCUGGGUUUGCUGCCCAGUUUAGCAAAAAGCCCGGGCAGUGGGACUGUGAUUUAUGCCAAGUAAGAAAUGAAGCCUCUGUUGACAAAUGUGUUGCCUGUAAAACCCCCAACCCUGCAGCUAAAUCAACAGCGGGGGCUCCAGUAGCAUCGAAUCUGCCUCCAGUGUCAGGAUUUGGGGCUGAUUUUGUAAAAAACGGAGGUAUGUGGGACUGCAACGCCUGCCUGGUCAGAAAUGAUGCAUCAGCUGUUGAAUGUGUUUCCUGUCAUGCCCCACAUGAGACUCCCUCUUUAGAAGCCAUGUUUGCCAAGAAGGAUGGAGAAUGGGAUUGUGACACUUGUCUAGUGAGAAACGAGGGCUCUACCAAUAAGUGUUUGGCCUGUCAGACACCAAAUCCAAAUGCUAAAAGCACAACCAGCACUGCUGCCUCAGCCUCCAUGUUCAGCUUUACCUUUGACACAAAGAGUUCAUCAAACCAGCCUGCUGGAACUGGAUUUACAAUGCCCUUUGAAACUGGCAGCACUUUUCAGUUUGGUCAAAGCAAAGAUACAAGCUCAGCUUCUUCUUUUAAGUUUGCAGCUCCUCAGUCUGGCUCUAAUACCACAAGUUCUUCAGCCUUCUCUUUCUCAAUGCCCAUUCCAGCCGGUGGCUUCAAGUUUGGCAUUCAGGACCCUGCAAAAGAAACCCCCUCAACUGAUAGUCAAACACCUCCAUCAGGGUCAGCCUCCAGUUUUCUGAAAAGCAUAGCUGACAAACACAAGGAGCAAGAAAAUGUGUCUGCACCCUCAGUGGACCAAACAGAGGAAGAACAAAAUCCAGUAAUUGCCGGUAAAGCCAAUACAUUCAGCUUUGCAGAUUUGGCAAAGUCCUCUGGAGGAGAUUUCCAGUUUGGCCAGCAAGAUCCCAACUUCAAAGGUUUCUCUGGAGCCGGUCAGCAGGUGUUCUCGUCAUUACAGGCAACCCCCACCAAGACGGAUGCCACAAAUGAGCUGGAGGAUGACGGUAUGUAUAAAACAGAGGAGAAUGAUGAUAUCCAGUUUGAACCAGUGGUCCAGAUGCCUGAUAAAGUGGAUCUGGUGACAGGGGAGGAGGAUGAACAGGUUCUUUAUUCUCAGCGUGUCAAACUGUUCAGAUUUGACUCCAACACCAGUCAAUGGAAAGAGCGUGGUGUAGGAAUCCUUAAAUUCCUGAAGAACAACACUAAUGGCAGGCUAAGGGUGCUAAUGAGAAGAGAGCAAGUUCUGAAGGUGUGUGCCAACCACUGGAUCACCACCACCAUGAAUCUAAAGCCCCUGGCAGGCUCAGACAAAGCAUGGAUUUGGAUGGCCAAUGACUUCUCUGAUGGAGAUGCUAAACUUGAACAGUUGGCUGCUAAGUUCAAAAGCCCAGAGCUAGCUGAGGAGUUUAAGGAGAAGUUUGAAGAGUGUCAAAGACUUCUCUUGGAUAUCCCCCUACAAACCCCCCACAAGCUUGUUGACUCAGGCAGAACAGCACACCUCAUUCAGAAAGCAGAGGAAAUGAAGUCUGGUUUGAAAGACCUGAAAUCCUUUUUGACAGAUGAGAAAACAAAGAUCAAAGAUGAGGACAGCCAGGGAGACAUUACAACAUCCAGCAAUGUUUCAAGCCUUGUAAUCAAGCCCCACGGCGAAACCACCGGCCCCACCUUGGAGUGGGAUAACUACGACUUAAGAGAAGAGGCUUUAGAUGAUACAGCUGACUCAUCAGUCUAUGCCUCUCCCAUCGCCAGCAGCCCUCUGAGAAAGAACCUUUUCCGCUUUGGAGAAUCGACUGGUGGAUUCAGCUUCAGCUUCCAACCUGGCAUCAGCCCCUCCAAGUCUCCUGCUAAGCUUAAUCAGAGCAGAGCCUCAGUGGGUACUGAUGAUGAGCAGGAUGUAACCCAGGAUGAUGAAAGGGAUGGCCAGUACUUUGAACCUGUUGUCCCCUUGCCUGACCUGGUUGAGAUUUCUACAGGAGAGGAGAAUGAACAGGUGGUCUUCAGUCACAGGGCCAAGCUGUAUCGCUAUGAUAAGGAACUGGGUCAGUGGAAGGAAAGGGGUAUUGGAGACCUCAAAAUCUUGCAGAAUUAUGAGACCAAACGAGUGAGGUUGAUAAUGAGGAGAGACCAGGUACUUAAGAUCUGUGCCAACCACUGGAUCACAUCAGCCAUGAAGCUGGAACCUAUGAAAGGCGCAGAGAAGGCCUGGGUCUGGAGCGCCUUGGACUUCGCUGAAGUCGGAGAGAGUAAUAUCGAGCAGCUGGCUGUGAGAUUCAAGCUGCAGGACACUGCAAACACAUUCAAACAGGUCUUUGAAGAGGCCAAGGGUGCACAAGAAAAAAAGGAACUCAUGACUCCAGUGACAUCCAGGGUCACCACACCUCAAGACAGUGUGCCCACAGGAGCUGCACAGACCAUUACAACUGUAUGUGGGAAAGCAGCCAUCGCUGUUCUGGAAGAGACCACAAAGGAACGUACAGAGCUUUCCACCGACAGUAAGCCAUGUGCAGCUGGGUCUCCGAGUCCAGUCAACCCCUCAAAGACAGUGGUGUCACCCCCAAAGUUUGUCUUUGGCACUGAUAGCCUUCAGAGGUUUUUUGGCUCUCCCAAAUCUCACUCUGAGUCUGAAGAAGCUGCAUCCAGUUUGAAAGCCAAAGAUUCUGGACGUCCUGCCAAGGCUUCACAUGCGGUACCUGCAUUCAAAAUCCCUGAGAAAGGGCUGGAUUUUAGGCUUUUCAAAGAUAACCCAAUGGCUUUUUGGACCAGCACAUCAACCACCCAAUUUGAGCCCCCAGGGCCACCUCAGGCAGAAGAAGGCAACGCAUAUUUGGAUGAGGACUCGGACGUGGAGGUUGUGUACGUCAGGGAACCCACACCUGAACAGGCAGUGUUAGCCAGGAAACUCCUUCUGCCUCUCACCUUCUUCUGCUACCAGAACGAACCAGGCUACACCAGCGACGAUCAAACUGAUGAUGAGGACUAUGAGUCAGCAGUAAAAGCCUUGAAUGGAAAGCUCUACCCUGAUCCUCCUGAGAAACAUGGUGCAGCAUGUGGUGAUGAGCCAGACUGCCAAGUGGUGUGGGAGAAGAAGCCGACGCCAGAGGAGGAGGAAAAGGCCAAAAGUCUCCAGCUUCCACCCACCUUCUUCUGCGGCCUGAGCACCACAGACAGCGACCCGGACCACGACAAGACAGAAGACUUUGAGACAGAAGUCCGCAAGGCACAGCAAGACCUGGGCGCCCAGUUAAACCAAGAUGAAAAGGCCUCCAGCAGCCCUGCUGUAGCCUCAGAGGAGCCGAUGUCGAGCCUGUCAUCCAGCAGCAUAGAAGCUGUAGGCAGCACAUCGGCACCGAAGCAGCAGACCUCAGACCAGCCAACAGAGACUGAGAGUGAAGCUCCUAGCAGCAGCUCUCCCAUUGACCUGUCAACUAAGAAGAGCCCAGAGCCAGAGUCUAACACUGGGCCUGCAGCUGCAGCUUCCACUGCUACAACAGCUGGCCAAGACUCCUCCAGCUUUGGCUUCAACACAUUGGGAGGCUUCUCUUUUGCUGACUUGGCCAAAAACACAGAAGGAUUUGCAUUUGGAUCUAAAGACUCCAGCUUCGUUUGGGCAAAUGCUGGAGCGACAGUAUUUGGGUCAGCAGUGACCUCAGCUUCAAAAAACAAUGGCAAUGAGGAGGGCAGUGAUGAAGAGGAAGCGCCUAAUAAUGUGGACAUUCACUUUGAGCCAAUAGUGUCACUACCAGAGGUGGAGACAAAGUCCGGAGAGGAGGAUGAGGAAAUCCUGUUCAAGGAGCGUGCCAAGCUGUACAGAUGGGACCGGGACCUCGGCCAGUGGAAGGAGCGUGGCAUCGGUGACAUCAAGAUUCUCUUCCACCCAAUCAAACAUUUCUACCGAAUCCUGAUGAGAAGGGAGCAGGUGCUGAGGGUUUGUGCCAACCACACAAUCUCACAGACGAUGGAACUCAAACCCAUGAAUGCCUCAGCCAACGCACUGAUCUGGACCGCCACUGACUACUCAGACGGAGACGGCGUAGUGGAGCAGCUGGCGGCCAAGUUCAAAACCCCCGAGAUAGCCGAAUCCUUUAAGAAGACUUUCUGCGAGUGUCAGAGUCGCAUUGGCCCAAAUGAUGGCAAUGCCUCGUGUACUUCCUCACCACAGAUGUCCAGAGUUCAAGAGCACUCCAGAGACACUAACCCACGGGUGUUCCUCGAAGUGGCAGCCGACGGCCAAACACUGGGCACUAUCACCAUAGAGCUUUUCUCGCAUAUUGUCCCGAAGACCGCGGAAAACUUCAGGGCUCUCUGCACCGGCGAGAAAGGCUUCGGUCUUCGGGACUCCAUCUUCCACAGGGUCAUCCCAUCCUUCAUGUGUCAGGGUGGUGACAUCACCAAGAGUGAUGGCACGGGAGGCAAGUCCAUCUACGGCAGCAAGUUUGAGGAUGAGAACUUUGAUGUUCGGCACACGGGCCCGGGAAUCCUGUCAAUGGCCAAUCGCGGGCGCGACACCAACAACUCGCAGUUCUUCAUCACCCUGAAGAAAGCCGAACACCUGGACUUCAAACACGUAGCUUUCGGCUGGGUUCAGGAUGGCAUGGAUGUGGUGCAACAGAUGGGAGAGCUGGGCACAAAGGGAGGCACGCCCGCAAAGAAGCUUGUCAUCACAGACUGUGGACAGCUCUAGCUUUUUAAAUGUUAAGAUCAAGAUCUGCAGCUUGGUUUAGGUCAUAAAGUGUGAAGACGUUGGAUAAUGAUGUGUCCCCUGUGCAGUGCACACCCUCUGCCUAAAACUGAAUCCACAGUCAUUAGGCAUCUGAGAAUUAAACACUGAUCACAGGACUACUGAUCAAAACCCUUCAUCACAGAAACGUGCCCCAGUAGCCUGGAAUUAGAAAUUGAUUUUGCUAUCCCAUAACAGAGUCACAAAUGCGAAACAUGGUGUAGUGUGUGGGAGGAGGCAAACAUAGUAUACUUUUACUCGGUUGCACUUGCGUCUUUACCAUCUGUCAAUAAAUUCUCAUCGUUUGGGGGGUUUUGUGUGUGUAUAAUUGUACAUGGACUACUUUUUUUGUAAUGUCUAUUUGUGUUAUUUUGUCUUGCAUGUGCUCAAUUUGAAUGUGCUGGUCCUCUUCAUAAGCUCCACUCGGGUAUUUUUUUUCCCCUUUUUUUGAAGAAGUCUUAACUAUAAUUGAGAUGUGAGGUUGUUAUUUGAAUGCACCUACGGGUUUAUAACCGUGACCCUGCCUUCUCUCCAAAUGCUGCCUCUGUGUACUUUUUACUGUAGGGCUCCCCCAAUGAUUUUUCUUUGUGUAAGUGGAUUCCACAAUGUGUACAUAAUUGGACUAAAUACUUGCCCACAUAACUUUGAGUCAUCUCACUGUGUUGCCCGGUGGACAGAGGGUGGCUAGAUGAUGAUACAUCUGGUUUGGAUUUUACAAAGGCAGUUCACUAUAGUUUGAGAUUAUCACCAAGUUGAAAUGGUGCUCGUUGUACCAAAAUAAUAUACUGAAGGAAAAAUAAAGUUGCUUUCC